AAACACAAUGCAACUGGACAUUGACGGGUUAAAAGUCCUAUUUCCGUACGAUUAUGUGUAUCCCGAACAGGUUUUGUACAUGAAGGAGGUCAAAAAGGCGUUGGAUGCGAGGGGUCAUGGACUACUGGAAAUGCCGUCAGGAACCGGAAAAACCGUCUCACUACUGUCAUUGGUGUUGGCUUAUAUGAUAUCGUAUCCGGAUAAGCUUGAUAAGCUUGUCUAUUGUUCCAGAACUAUUCCAGAAAUCGAAAAAUGCGUCGAAGAGAUGAAAGUACUGUACGACUACUGGGAAAAAGAGACAGGACAGCCCGUUGCCAAGAUUACUGUAGCAAUGAGUGCACGCAAGAAUCUGUGUGUAAAUGAGCCGGUCGCUGCUCUAAGAUUCGGAAAUACAGUGGAUUCGGCUUGUCAGAAGCUCACCGCCAGCUCGGCUCGACAGAAAAGAGCCGAAGAUCCGACGUUGGAGGCGUGCGAUUAUUUUGAAAAUUUCGAGGCGAAAAGUGUUCCAAUGCAGAAUGGAGUGUGGAAUUUGGAAGACCUCCGUUCACUGGGCCGUGAAAAGAAGAUUUGUCCAUAUUUCACAGCUCGUCAGGCCAUCAACCGAGCCCAUAUCGUUGUCUAUUCCUAUCAUUAUAUUCUUGAUCCAAAAAUUGCUGAGCUUGUUUCAAAGGAUUUCAGUCGAAAAUCCGUUGUCGUUUUUGAUGAAGCACAUAAUAUCGAUAAUGUGUGUAUUGAGUCAAUGUCGGUCGCUAUUUCACAGAAAAAUGCCGAUCGAGCACUUCAGGAGCUACAAAGCCUGGAAGGUGUGGUAAAUCGAAUGAAAAGCUCAAAUUCGGAAAAACUUCAAUCGGAAUACGACAAGCUGGUUGAAGGACUGAAGAGAACUGAACGAGAACGGGCAAAUGAUGAGAGGCUAGCGAAUCCUGUGCUACCGGAUCAGAUUCUCCACGAAGCCGUACCGGGAAACAUUCGACAAGCCAAUCACUUCCUCCUGUUCCUCAAACGAUUCGUAGAAUACAUCCGUCACCGCCUACGCACCCAUCAGGUGUUAAUUGAAAGUCCUGCCGCUUUUAUGAAGGAUAUUCUCGAUCGAAUGUGUAUUGAGAGAAAACCAAUGAGAUUCUGUGCUGAAAGAUUGUCGAAUUUGGUAAAAACUCUGGAAAUUACUGAUAACGGAGAUGUUUGGGCGCUUUCGCAGGUUACAACACUUUGCACACUGGUUUCGACGUAUUCGAAAGGAUUUUCAGUAAUUGUUGAACCACAGGAUGGUAGUCAACUGGCAGUUAUUACGCUAUCAUGUCAUGAUGCUUCUAUCGCGAUUCGCCCUGUUAUGAGCCGAUUUCAAUCUGUUAUUAUCACUUCUGGAACCCUCUCGCCACUGGAAAUGUAUCCAAAAGUUUUGGAUUUCGACCCGUCCGUCAUCGCAUCAUUCACAAUGACACUGGCCCGCCCGUGCUUGAGUCCCCUCGUAGUUGCACGUGGAAAUGACCAAGUGGCGAUGACGUCACGAUUCGAGCAACGAGCCGACGUGGCGGUUAUUCGAAAUUACGGGAAUUUAGUGUUGGAAAUGGCGUCGUUGGUGCCUGAUGGAAUGGUUGUAUUCUUUACGAGCUAUUUGUAUAUGGAGAAUGUUAUUGGAGUUUGGUACGAACAGCACAUAAUCGAUGAGCUAAUGAAGUAUAAGCUACUUUUCAUUGAAACCAACGAUGCACUGGAAACCUCGGCGGCACUUGAAAAAUACGUGGAAGCUUGUGACAGUGGACGUGGAGCUGUGCUCUUUUCAGUUGCACGGGGAAAAGUUUCAGAGGGAAUUGAUUUUAGCCAUCAUUUGGGUCGAUGUGUUAUAAUGCUUGGAAUUCCGUAUAUGUACACCGAGAGCCGAGUACUCAGAGCCCGGUUGGAGUAUUUGAGAGAUCAAUUUGGAAUUAAAGAAAAUGAUUUUCUGACAUUUGACGCAAUGCGACACACUGCUCAAUGUAUGGGACGAGCUCUCCGUUCGAAAACUGAUUACGGAUUGAUGGUAUUUGCUGAUAAGAGAUUCUCCCGAAACGACAAACGUGGAAAAUUGCCCCGCUGGAUGCAGGAAUACCUGGAGCCAGCUUGUACCAAUCUGAGCAUUGACGAAGCGGCACAAGUUGCCAGGCGUUGGCUCACACUAAUGGCUCAGCCAUUCGAAAAGGAGCAUCAGCUGGGUGUUUCGUUGUUGGAUAAGGAAAUGGUUCACGAUUCGCAGAUUAUGAAGAGAUUUGAACGUGUUGUUGAAUAUGUUGAUUAGAUUUUUUUUUUGAUUUUUGAGCUAUUUUUCAUGGAAAAUUUGUAAAAAUUUGAGAAAAAACCGUGAAAAAUGAGUGAAAAACAAAAAAAAUCGCUAAAAAUUGAUAUUUAAGCCAAUUUUCAGUGAAAUUUCUCAA